GACAGAUGCCUGUGGCCGGCUGUUUCCAUGACAAAUACAAACUACUCAGCGGCGCCAGCAAGACGGGGACGGGUCUGGCCUACAGAGGGCGCCAGCCUGCUUCCCAGUCUCUGCAGAGCCCAGCAGCCAGGAACCUGCUGUCACUCAGAGAGGUGCCUGAUGCUCAGUGGUCAUUUUGCUGCGCUGAAGAUUAGGUAGGAGUUGUUUGCCCUCCGCCGAUGUAUAAAACCUGAGUGCUCUCCCCUCACUGCCAGUGACAGGCACCACAUCUCUGGCUUGCUUUGGAAAGAACGGUAGCUGUAGCAACCAGUGACAGGCGGGGAAGCAAGGAAAGAAAGAGAGCGCUCGGGGGUCAGAGGGACAGAGAGCGGCUGAUGAGAGUCUUUAAUAAGCAGCUCCCCCAGGACAGAGGAAAGUUUCCCGCGUGUCUCCAAGUGGCUAACUUUCUGCCUCCCACCUUUCUUUCCCUUUUAUUCUGGAGAACAACCUCUAACUCUGCUCUGGACAAGCAUCCAAAAGAAUUAUCCGGAAGGAGAUUUCCCCUUUCCUGCCAGCAGCCCCAGCAGGUUCCUGCAGACCGUGCAGCAGCCCCAGCUCGGAGCAGCCAGUCCGUGAGCAAUGAAUGCGUCGUGUGGCCUGCGUUCUGCCCACCUGACGCUGACCAACGGCUCAGAGCACCUGGCAGCCCCUUCCUUCGGCAACCAGAGCAGCAGCAGGUUCUGCGAGCAGGUCUUCAUCAAGCCGGGGGUCUUCCUGGCCCUCGGCGUCCUCAGCCUGCUGGAAAACAUCCUGGUGAUCCUGGCCGUGGUCCGCAAUGGCAACCUGCACUCGCCCAUGUACUUCUUCCUCUGCAGUCUGGCGGCGGCUGACAUGCUGGUGAGCGUGUCCAAUGCCCUGGAGACCAUCAUGAUCGGCGUGGUCAACAGCAACUACCUGACCUUCGAGGACCAGUUCCUCCAGCACAUGGACAACGUCUUCGACUCCAUGAUCUGCAUCUCCCUGGUGGCCUCCAUCUGCAACCUCCUGGCCAUCGCCGUCGAUAGGUACGUCACCAUUUUCUACGCACUCCGCUACCACAGCAUCAUGACCGUGCGGAAGGCCCUCACCUUGAUCGUGGGCAUCUGGGUCUGCUGUGGCGUCUGCGGCGUGGUCUUCAUCGUCUACUCCGAGAGCAAGAUGGUCAUCGUGUGCCUCAUCACCAUGUUCUUUGCCAUGAUGCUGCUCAUGGGCACCCUGUACGUGCACAUGUUCCUCUUCGCCCGGCUGCACAUCAAGCGCAUCGCGGCUCUGCCACCCGCUGAUGGGGUGGCCCCGCAGCAGCACUCAUGUAUGAAGGGGGCUGUCACCAUCACCAUCCUGUUGGGUGUCUUCAUCUUCUGCUGGGCCCCCUUCUUCCUCCACCUGGUGCUCAUUAUCACCUGCCCCGCCAACCCUUACUGCAUCUGCUACACGGCGCACUUCAACACCUACCUGGUUCUCAUCAUGUGCAACUCCGUCAUCGACCCCCUCAUUUACGCCUUCCACAGCCUGGAGCUGCGCAACACCUUCAAGGAGAUCCUCUGUGGCUGCAACAGGAUGAACCUGGGCUAGGGUGCCAGGGCCAGCGGAAGCGGUCACCAGCCUGGUCUCCUCUGACCCUCCAGCCAGCCCAGAUGUUCAGGAAGGAAAAGGGGAGAGAAGUCUUGGAAGAUGCAAACAACAGGUUCACAGCCAUGAUCAUCCUUUAGUUUUUAAGCUGAUGGGGAAAAUAGGGCACGAUAGGCUCUCCAAUAGGACUCCAAUGUGGGUAAGUCACACUGUCCUUUCCCAAACGGUCACUGCCCACGAGUCGGCGAAGCCUGCCCCGGGUGCUGUCUGCAUGCAUUCCCACCGGCCAGGGUCUGUGAUGGCUGCCUGCCGCCUGCCCGCUGCCUGCCGCCUGCCCCCACACUCCUGUCUUCGUGCUUCAAGUCAGACCAGACUGGAGCACCCUCUUGAGCCACAUGAGUGGCUCAAAACUCUCACAGCCUCCAGGGGUCAGCACUGUACACAGCUUUGCAUUUAGUCCACGGGCAACUGCAGCUCUACUUGCCCAUCUGUGAACAGGAAAGCGUUCUCCCAACACAUGUAACCCUUGGCAAAGGCGGCCACGCUGUGUUGUUCUCACUUCGUACCCCGACGCCCCCCACCAGCCUCCCCUCCAGCCUGUAGAUGAGUCAAUUCUAUGCUGCUGUGCUUUAAGUCUAAGGCAGCCUUCAAAAUUCCAACAAAAGACAAAGUGCUUUGGAUUAUCAGAGUAUGUCUGUGUUCUUGGAUUUUAAAACCUUGCUAUCUCACGAUGUACCUCUUUUUAUUUUAUUGUAAAAUAUGACUUCUAAUAUUCCUUUUCUGCUUUUAAAACGAGAGGGAACUGUGGGUGGCAGGACCACAAGAAAUUGCUUUACGGUCUUUCAAAUAGUUUGAGGAAUUGCGAAAUUGACUGGGUGCCAUUCCUGGGAACUGUUUAUUUGCUUGUAAUGAUCAUGUCACUGUCACAUGACCUCUUGCACAUCGUCUGUGAAUGAGAAUGGUUUGUGGCUCACCGCUCCUUUUGUGUGACUAGGUGUUAAAGCCGGGAGCCCCAUUAUCAAUGCUUGUGCCUGGUCACGUGAUGCGAUCCACUCCUGAGAGCACCGAGGGAGACUGCCUGAGUGGGACUCACAUUCGCCAGCUCUAGCCCUGCCUGGGUAACUACAGUUUGUAACUUCUGGGUUCCUCACAUUGCCCCCCAUCCUGGACUUCAGUGUUAUGUAGUAUCUUUGGUGUGCAGUUAUGUGCUUUUCUGGAAAAUAUUGUGGCUUUUUUGUACUUGGAGAUUUUCUGCUAAUAUAAGCAAAAUGAUUUGUUUUUUGCUUUGAUUGUGAAAUUUGGAAAUAAUAAAAGGCUUCUGUGACUGCUGAAUGUGUCUGACACUGAAAUGUGGCACCUGGAGUCCCGCUGGUGGCUUCUGCACAUGGCCGGUGUGCAUUGUGUGCACUUAUGGUGCUGUUUUGCAAAUGGAGUGGAAGUCCCAUUGGUCACGAUGACGGUCUUUUCUAGGGCAAUGCUUUUUAGCAAACUGCAACACUCUCCCAUUCAGUGUCCAAAACUACCAGGCUUGUGGCUCCUGGACCAGUCAUUCCCACUGUUUUAACCAGGACAGCAACUAACAUGACUCAUCCAUCUCCACUCGGCAAGUAAAUGUGGAAAACAGGGAGCUGAAUUCUUUGAAAAUUAUGUUAACAGCUAUAGGAAUUAUGAUGUCCUUUUGCUACAUAAACAAGAUAAAAAUAACUUAUUCUUGACUCCCAUGUGAGUUUUCACAUUUUGUCCUGUCAACACACCUCUAAAAUAGGUGAGUCAUUUUCACGGGAGAAAUUCCAUCCUGGGGGUGAUGUCACUGUCCAAGAAUGUCCAGCUGAGACGCACAGGACAGUCUGCUUCCUGAUACUGAU